AUGACCUUCUACCCCAAUCAAGCUACAUCCGUGAUCGUUCCGGCCGAUUUGGAACAUAUCCACACAAGUCGCCUGUACCUACGACCGCUGACGGUGGCUGACGCCGCGGCCAUCUUUGAGAUCCGACGACGACAAGAGGUGGCGGACUGGGUCUGGCCCAAAGUCGCCCACAAAGAUAUAUCGGAGUCCGAGGCCAUCAUUACCCGAAAGACAUUCACAACACCGGAUGCAUCAGGUGCUGUUGGGCGGAGGUUCUUCUUCGCCAUUAUCCGCUCCGAGGAUUCGUCACAGACGGUUAUUGGAGCAGCGGGGAUCAAUGCUCUUAGCCCAGCCCCGUCAGUUGGGUAUAAUAUACACCCUGACUUCUGGGGUCAGGGCUAUGCCACCGAGGCAGUUGCUGGUAUUAUAGAUGCGUGGUGGAAGCUUGAUAGAAUGGUUCUUGACGGGACUGUAUCAGAGUUGGAAAAGGAGAAGCUGUUUGCGGCGUGCAAUAGAGCGAAUAUUGGCAGUGUGAAGGUGCUGCAGAAGACUGGGUUUAGUAUCUACCGCGAGCAGUCGACCGAGGGUGACGUGGUUGCACAGUUUGAGUUGGAGAAGCCCACCAGAUAG